AUGACCGCCGAGAGCGCGCCGCCGCCCCCGCCGCAGCCCGAGGCGCUGGCGGCCGUGAAGGAAGAGCGCGGUGAGGCGGCGGCGGGCGCGGGGGUCCCGGUGGAGGCGGCGGGCCGCGGCUCGGGAGGACGGCGACGCAAGCGCCCCCUGCAGCGGGGGAAGCCGCCCUACAGCUACAUCGCGCUCAUCGCUAUGGCCAUCGCGCACGCGCCCGAGCGCCGCCUGACUCUCGGCGGCAUCUACAAGUUCAUCACCGAGCGCUUCCCGUUCUACCGCGACAACCCCAAGAAGUGGCAGAACAGCAUCCGCCACAACCUCACCCUCAACGACUGCUUCCUCAAGAUCCCGCGCGAGGCGGGCCGCCCUGGCAAGGGCAACUACUGGGCGCUCGACCCCAACGCCGAGGACAUGUUCGAGAGCGGCAGCUUCCUGCGCCGCCGCAAGCGCUUCAAGCGCUCGGACCUGUCCACCUACCCGGCCUACAUGCACGAUGCAGCCGCUGCCGCCGCCGCCGCCGCCGCCGCCAUCUUCCCGGGCGCCGUGCCCGCCGCCAGGCCGGCCUACCCGGGCGCCGUCUAUGCGGGCUACGCGCCGCCGCUCGCCGCGCCCCCGCCGGUCUACUACCCCGCCGCGUCGCCGGGGCCCUGCCGGGUCUUCGGCUUGGUUCCCGAGCGGCCGCUCAGCCCCGAUCUGGGUCCCGCGCCGUCAGCGGCGGGCGGCUCGUGCGCCUUCGCGGCUGCGGCGGGCGCGGCGGGCACCGGGAGCUUCCAGCCCGCGGUGUGCACGGGAGCGCGGCCGGUCAACCCCGCCGCCUAUGCCGCCGCCUACGCGGGCCCCGACGGCGCGUACCCGCAAGGGGCGAGCAGCGCGCUCUUCGCCGCCGCUGCGGGUCGCCUGGCCGGACCCGCCUCGCCCUCCGCGGGAGGAGGUAGCGGCGGUGUAGAGGCCACGGUGGACUUCUACGGGCGCACGUCGCCCGGCCAGUUCGGAGCGGCGCUGGGGCCCUGCUACAAUCCCGGUGGGCAACUGGGAGCCGGCGGUGGCAGUGCCUACCACUCCCGCCACGCCACCGCCUACCCCGGCGCGGUGGAUCGGUUCGUGUCUGCCAUGUGAGCCCGGGAUAGGCACGAAACUUGACUGACUCGGGAGGUUCUGAAAGAUGUAAAUCCCCCGGGACCGGCGGACAGGACUGAAAAGUGUAUCGGACUGAGACUCACGUACGAGGCCCCGGAGGACCAUGGUAGCUCCUCGAUGAUGCGAAACUCCAAAGAACAUGCCUUUCCGCCUUCCCCCUUUCUACUAGGGGGGAGUCCUAUGCUGUAAAGGGUGGAGGAUCCCAGAGCUGUCUACACCAGAAUCUAGGAUCCGGAACUGUGCUGGCAUCGUGUGGCAUCACCGUGUGCUAUGCUGCGCCAAACUCGGGCUUUUUACAGGCUCAGCUUUUGUACUUUUGAC